ACCAAAAAGAAAUGUCAAAAUGCAUUAAGCAUACAAAAGCAAAAAUCCACAAUUUUUCAUCGCCAAACCACUAAAAGCUUGAUACCAAAAAUCAACCCAACCAAACCAAACCAUUAUCUUCAUCAUCGACGAACGAGAACCGAGAACGACGACGACGACUCUAAGAAGAACCAAGAGCCAACAUUCUUCUCUUGGCUCCGCAUUCAAGUUCAUUUCAUUUAAAAAGCAAAAAUCAAGAAACUCACAACAUCAAUAAAGUUGAAAAUAAAUUGUUUAAAUAUUAAAUGUAAUUUAACAUUCCAAAUAAAACUUUAAUUUUGAUUUCAAAUCGCAAGUUUUUGUUGCUAUUGUUCAUUUUAUUCCAAGGAAACAAUCGAUUUGCACGAGAAAUCCAAACCAGUAUGAGUAGGUAAAGAUCCCAGAAAAGUUUGUGUCAUCAUCAUCGGUUUCGGUAGUUGAGUAAUAAUUCCACUGCAGCCGCCACCACUGCCGCCGCCGGUUGGAGUAGCAGACAAUAAUUCUUAUUGCAUUUUGAUACAUACAAAAAUAGAGAACAAGGCACCACAGAAACAUGGCCAUCAGUUUUGAGAAGCACCGCGAGAAGAUCAUCGCCGCAUGGAAAGACGUUCUCGAUGACAAAAGCACCACCGAUUGGUCACUUUAUGGCUAUGAGGGCAAUUCAAAUGACCUCAAAGUCGUAGGCAGCGGAGAGGGUGGCAUCGAAGAGCUAACCGAGGAAUUGAAUAGCGGCAAGAUUAUGUACGCUUUCGUGCGUAUCGAAGAUCCCAAGACUGGUCUGAAUAAAUUUCUUCUAAUUAACUGGCAGGGUGAAGGUGCUCCGGUGAACCGCAAAGGUACCUGUGCCAAUCACAUUCAUGAUGUAGCGAAAAUUCUCGGUGGAGCUCAUUUAACUAUAAACGCACGCAAUGAAGAUGACAUGGACGAGGAGCGUAUUGUUAAAAAACUCGGGAAUGUUAGUUCAGCAUAUAGUUUCAAAGAACCUCGAGCAAUUGUUGAAGAGCAAAAAGCCCCCGUUGGAACUAAUUAUACCAGAGUUAUUCCAACGAAGGAAUUAAAUGCAACUGUUAUGCAAGAUUUCUGGAAAAAGGAGGAGGAAGAAGAAAAACGUCGUUUGGAAGCUGAAAAGGAACAAAAACGAAUUGAAUUGCUGAAGUUGGAGAAAGAACAACGUGCGAGAGAGGAGAAAGAGCAUUUGGAAAGAGAGAAACAGGUUGUUAAUAAAUCUAAACUACAAUCAGCCCAUGUGCCCAUUAAGACAUCCCCUCAACCUUUGAGUCCCGAAAAGACACUCAAUAGUUCAGAACAAGGAAUGACUGAAGCUGAACGAAUGCGUCAGUUGCGCAACCAAGAAGCCCGUGAAUUAAUUGGAUCUAGAGUUGGUGCAGCUAAAGCGAUCUUCACAAGAAACACCAGCGAAGGGCAAUUGCAAUCUAAAUUAAGUUCUGCCCCACCUGCUAAGCCCGCUCGAGCAUCAAUCGCACAAAGAAUAAACGCUUUAAAUAACCAACAACCUGCAGCUCCACCACAAGAACCAGCGCCAGUUGAAGCACCAGUAGCAACACCAACAAUGCCAGCUGCAGCAACAGCAAUACCAGCAGUUUGUGUUCCUGUUGAUAUUGUCAAAGAAAUUGCUCCCUCUCCUGCUCCUCAGCCAGUAAUCGAAGUCAUACAAGAAGAAGCACCAGUGAAACCAGAAAUGACAGCAAUAGCGAAUGAAGAAGUUCACCAAAGUGCCGCCACAGAUGAUUACAUGGAUCAGGAGGAACAAUAUUCAACUAUCAAGAGAUCACCACAUAGCAAAUCGAAUUCAUUGCAAUCACCCGAUGAGGUGACAGUAGUCCAACAGGUGUCGGAACCUGUGCAACAACAGCAGCAAAAGCAAUCUUCCUCGAAUGGAUCCCAUCGACAAAUGAAUGAGAUUGCUGAUAUUGUCAAUGAGGAUGACCUUAUCUGUCAGGAUGUCUUGAGUGAUAAUGGAUUGAAAGCCAGAGCUCUCUAUGACUAUCAAGCUGCUGAUGAAUCUGAGAUAACCUUUGAUCCUGGUGAUAUCAUCACCCACAUCGAUCAGAUCGAUGAGGGAUGGUGGCAAGGACUCGGCCCUGACGGAACAUAUGGUCUAUUUCCGGCCAAUUAUGUUGAACUGAUUAAUUAAACUAAUCAAGCAAUUAUCGUCGUCUUUUUCUUCUUCUACACAUAAACACACAAACUCUUAGCACACAGACAAAAAUCACGCCCUCAAAAAACAACAUUUAGAAUUCAUUGUUCUUCUCAUAGAAUUUUAUACCUUUUAAAAAACUAGAUAACUAGAAUAAUCAAUUAAAAAUCAGUCCUUUUGAUACCAUUUAGAUAAAAUUUCGAAACAAAACAAAAAAAAAAACACAAAUCACAAACGCUGAUUGUAAGAUUUAACACAUUCAUCUUUAGGAACCUUUUCACACCAAAACAACAACAAUUAUAGAAAAAACAAUUGACACGUUUAAGGAAGGGAUUGAAAGAUCCAGGUUGAAAAAUACAUAAAACAA